UUAUAUUUCUUUGUGUCUGGCGGCAGAUGUGGGUGGGCAUUAAUUAAAUUAUAUUUUACAAUUCAUCAACGACAUGGCAUCAGUGCGCAUACCAAAGCAAAAGGUUAUACUUUGCGGCGAUUACGGCGUGGGAAAGAGCUCCUUAUUCAGACGUUUCACCAAUAAUACAUUUAUUACUGAGACGGACCGCAAGUCGACGCUGGGCCUAGAUCACAUCGACCGCGAAUACAAUGUGGGCGAAAAACAAAUUAAGCUGCAACUGUGGGACACUGGCGGCAUGGAGCGCGUAGCGUCUGUGACCUCAUCCUAUUACAAAUUUGCAGAGGGUGCUAUUCUGGUCUUUGCCUUGGACAAUGCGGCGUCGUUUCAUUCCUUGUCGCAGCACUUGCUAGAUAUAGUCACAUAUGCGGAGAAUGCCAAAAUCUUUAUAUGCGGCAAUAAGUGCGAUCUCGAAGGACGCGAGCCAGAAGUAAGCGAUGAGGAAGUCGAAGCCUUUUGUGAGCAGUGCCACAGCCUGAUUAGUGCAACCUACAAGACAUCCUGUCGCACGGGAAAGGGUAUUGAGGAAAUGUUCCAGGACAUCUCACGUCAACUGGUGCAAGCCAACCGUUCCAAAAUGGAGCUUCAGGCACUCGAGCGACAAAGCUUUCAAGUGGACAAAACAAACCAGGCGGAGAUCAACGAGGAUACCUCCUCGUGCAGCUGCUAGCAGUUGGGAAACAUUGAGUUUGGCUAAUUUGUUGGCGCUUAAUGCUGAACUCAAUGCAUUUUGAAUAAUUUAUUAAUGCCAAAAACUUUGUUAGUUUUAUUAUUAUUUGUAAAUAUUCACUGCGAAUUUAAUGCUAAAACGUCCUAAAAUGAUAUAUUUAUAUAAAUUCAAUAUGAUAUAAUUAUUAUUUAUAUGCGCCCAGACACAAAAGCCAACAAUUUAUUCUUUAAAUACAUUUAACAUUCAUAUGAACAAGGGGCAUAAGUCAUAGUAAAUUAAGCUUUGUAGUUUAGUGCUUAAAGUUUCUGCAAUAUACAUAACUAACUCACAUUUGAAACUAAUAA